AUGCAAUUUACAACAAAUAGAACUAGACAUAUUUGUUUCCGAAACUGUGGAGUAACCGAAUUUUGCACAACAUUUGGGUCCAAAUUUUUCACAGCAGCAUCUAUAUACUGUAGUGUACAUUCUAUGGGAUCUGAUUCGAAAAUUCAACAGUGGAACUACAACUGGGAUAAGUCACAUGGUAUACAUGAUAAUUCAAAGUCCGGAUUAAAAUCAGAUACACUUAACGUAGUAAAACAUCAGCAACCUUAUCAUAAAUUAAUUAUUUUUAUACGUCAUGGACAGUAUCAUUUGAAUAGAAAGAAAUCAGCGGAAAAGGUCCUCACCGAUAUUGGUUGGCGACAAGCUUAUGCUACUGGUUGUCGACUUAGGGAAAUGGGAAUUAAAGUUGAUCGCAUUAUACAUUCAGAUUUAAUCCGUGCUCGACAAACUACAGCUGCUGUUUUAAUUGGCUUACAAAAUAAUGUUGACGAUCUGUUUGAUUCACCAGAAAUUGUUCAACUUGUUAUACCGUAUUCAUCUGAGUUAGAUGAUCCUAAAUCCUGCCCUGUUACACAAAAAUCUAACGAAAAAAAUACGAUUUCAGAGCCUAAAUCAAGCACUCCAGUGAAAAUGACAAUGAUUGACAAUCCAUAUACGCCUUAUGCGAAUGCCAUGUUCGAUUGUCAACUAUCACGUUAUCUUACUGAGGGUCCACCUCCUGUUGCUCCUGUGCCACCAACAUCAUCUACAAAAAAAUCUGAUCCUAUUCGUUCAAUAGAAGGUAUUCGUAUUGAUAAAGGAUAUGAAAUACAUUUACAUUGUAAACCAAUUACAAAACAAGGUAUUAUUGCAUAUAAUGGUUCAAUUCAUUGUUCAUUAAAUUGUUGUUCUAUUUUAAAUAAUCAUACUAAUCAUAAUCAUCAUCAUAUUAUUCAAUGUCAUUGUCCAUGUCAUCGUAUUAUACAAAAUCAACCCAUAGAAACUAUUCUAUUUAUUGGUCAUGCUAAUGUAUUUCGUUAUUGGAUAUGUAAAUUAUUACAAUUACCAUUAGAAGGUUGGUUACGUUUAAGUUUAGGACAUGGUAGUAUUAGUAUAUUAUUAAUAAAUAAUAAUGAAUUAAUAAUCAAUAAUAAUAAUAAUAAGGGUGAUAAAGAAAAAGAUAUAAAACAAUCAAAAUAUGGUUCCAUAGUAACCCUUAAUUGUCUUGGUGAUGUUGGUCAUUUACCACCAGAAUUAUUAACAUAUUAAUAGUAUUUCUCCCUCUCUCCCCUUCUUUCUCUGUCUCCCCCUCUCUCUCUUUCUCUUCUAAUGAUCUAUAUAUAUAUGCCUUAUUAUUAAUGAUUGUAUAGAUGUGUAAUUUAUAUAUAUAAAAUAUAUUGAUAAAGAUUUGAUUUUUAA